AAUCUUAGAGACAUGUUAUUGUUGAAAGUAGAUGGUAGAGACAUGUUAUUGUUGAAAGUAGAUGGUAGAGACAUGUUAUUGUUGAAAGUAGAUGUUAGAGACAUGAUAUUGUUGAAAGUAGAUGUUAGAGACAUGAUAUUGUUGAAAGUAGAUGUUAGAGACAUGUUAUUGUUGAAAGUAGAUGGUAGAGACAUGUUAUUGUUGAAAGUAGAUGGUAGAGACAUGUUAUUGUUGAAAGUAGAUGGUAGAGACAUGAUAUUGUUGAAAGUAGAUGGUAGAGACAUGUUAUUGUUGAAAGGAGAUGGUAGAGACAUGUUAUUGUUGAAAGGAGAUGGUAGAGACAUGUUAUUGUUGAAAGGAGAUGGUAGAGACAUGUUAUUGUUGAAAGUAGAUGGUAGAGACAUGUUAUUGUUGAAAGUAGAUGGUAGAGACAUGUUAUUGUUGAAAGUAGAUGGUAGAGACAUGUUAUUGUUGAAAGUAGAUGGUAGAGACAUGUAUUGUUGAAAGUAGAUGGUAGAGACAUGUUAUUGUUGAAAGUAGAUGGUAGAGACAUGUUAUUGU